AUGCAGCCGCAUCAGCCUCAUCCGCAUUGUGGAUUGCCUGUGGACCAUCACCGCACUGCACCCCUAUAUAAUUAUCAGCCACCCCAGAACCUGCAGUUGAAUCGAGAUAUCGGCGUUUCGGAUCACUCCAGUAACAGUCAAAGUUCAACGGCAGCAGCAGUCACCGCGCCAUCUCAACGCUUCCCUACCCACUCAUCUUUACAGCAGAGUCAAAACCGACAUCCACACAGAGACGAAUUCCAUCAACAGACCUCCUGGAUUCCAAGGCACGUUGCAUCUAAUUCCUCCACGUUUGGUCAAGCUAUACCCAACCCAUCAAUAUCCCAUCAUCGGGUGUAUAUGCCUGUAAAUCAAGCUGGCAUGGCCGGGAGGCAAGCCUACACAUCUCCAGGUGCCGCGAUGCCAGCAAAUCUACAGGCGUCUGUAGCUUCAGAAUCCGCGUCGUACUCCUUGUUCAGCAACCAGCAAUCUCAAGGCCAAACACCUGAUCAAGUGGCACCAAAUAGCUUUUGGGAACCUAACGGGAAUUACUAUGUUAAUGGUCCUGAUGUGCAAAACCCCUCUAGAGACAUGUCUCUUAGUUACAACUAUGCACCCGCUGAGCCCUCGCCAAUCUACUACUCAACCUCACUACCUUCCGAUCCUGUAACUAGACCUUUUGCCACAGUGGAAUCCCGCCAACAAGGCAACCUAGAACAGAACAAUGACACUCAAGUAAAUAGUCAAAAUCAAGGACUAUAUAAUCCAAUUUCUCUGAACCAUGAUGGGCCUGUUUGGGGGUCUGAUUUGAGUCUUUUUCCAUCAGCGAGACCUCAUCUAUUCCCCAGAGUAUCAAACAGUUCAACGCUACCAAAUAAUGAUAACCCUUUAAAUUCACUAUCUUUCCAAUACCUCCCUGAUGAUUACCACAAUGCACAGGUUAACUCACGCGGUUCAACUAAUAUCGAGUGUCUGAAUGGCAAUGGCCCUGUCCCUAUUUUGCCUCAUAAUAACACGGCUUCUUCAUAUCCCGUCGGUCCUUUCCCCACAGAGAAUCAGGCCAACGCGUCCAAUUCUUCACGAAGGCAUCCUUUGCAGGGAACAUUCACAAAUCCCAGGAGCCCUCCUAGUGUUGGUAGUGCAAAUCCGAAUACCACCACCACAAGCCGUCGACGCCCCAGGCGUACCAACAAUAGCGGAAUGCCGCAGCCCGGCUCAAUGCCGCGAGAGAGACAACCACACCGACACAAUCACCACCCGAUAAGUAUAGGCAUUCCGGGGAGUGCCCCUACUGCUCGUGAUCAGAGUUACGUAAAUGGGCAACUGGCUCGACUCCUAUACGCCGGCGCCCUUGUGCGUUACCCCAAUGACACUGAUGGGUUUCUCUCCGCAGAUGAAAGAGAGCGUAGGAGAAGAAUUCUAGAGUCCCUUAGGGGAAAUAACCGAGAACCCAGCCCUCCAGUCAAAGGGCUUGAUAGCGCGGAGGAUGGACGCCCAGAGCCCAAAGAAACAGAAGAACUCACAAUUAACUUGGAAUGCAAAGCCUGCAUGAGCCAACUUAUUGACACUGUGGUGCUUCCCUGUGGGCACGCGGUUCUUUGUCGUUGGUGUGCUGAUCAACAUAUGCCAUCAAGCAGAAUGGACAAAACAAAACCACGUUCCGCUGCCACUUGUCCUGUGUGCCGCCAAAAUGUGAGGCAAAAGGUAACUAUUUUACCCAUUCAACCGCUAAUGAACGCAUUCAUUUGGUUUUCAUUGAGAAAUGCUAACUAGGUUGGAAGAUUCGGAUAUAUCUCUCGUAA